AAUUCUUGAAGAAAAAAAAAAGACUACGAUUUGGGUUAUUAACUGCACUGUACAGUUAAGAAGGGCAAAAGGAGAAAACAUAAAAACCAUUGUUUGUUGGUUUAUCAUCCUUAACUUUUAUUUGUUCACCAACUAAUCGCUACAAAAUCACACUUUAAAAAAAGGAAAAAGAAUUCAGAGAAUAUCCCAACACCAUUGGAUGAAAAUCUAACUUCAAUCAUUUUCAAAAUCCAACGGCGAUCCUUAUUCCUCUCUCUUCUCUCAAAAGGGCUUUGAGAAGAAGCUCCAUAGAGAGAAAGAAAGGAACCUGUUUUCCAGGGAGGAAAAACUUAAGAAAAAGUUCUGAUUAGGUUUUCCCUUAUUCGUCGAUCCAAAACCUGUAGAAUCCUGUCCCUCUUCAAAUUUUUUUUUUCUUUUUCCUCUUCUGGUUUUGGGUUUUUGAUUGCCCAUUUUCUUUCAGAACUCUCUUGGGUUUUUGAUUUUUUCCUCCCUGGAGAAGACACGAAAGAAAAGGUGAAUGAAAACAUCUCAUAGAGAAGAAAAGGAAAAAUGGGGUUUCUUAAUUAGCGUAAAGAUUGGAUUUUUCGGGGCGAAGAUUCAAUUUUCGGAGGUGGGUUAUUGAGGGGAAAUGGAGAUCGAUAACAUAGAGUGUGUGUCUUCCUCGGACGGGGUUGAAGAUGAAGAGAUCCAAACCUCUGUGGCCUCGCAUAAUCCCGGCGGGAUGCAUCAUCAUCCUCAUGUAACUCACCUUCAUCCGUACGCUUCUUCAAAGCCUAUUAUCAACAACAGCAUACCCCAGACGGGAAUUGUGCCCACAAGUGUUCAUGAAUUGCUGGAAUGUCCUGUUUGCACCAAUUCUAUGUACCCGCCAAUUCAUCAGUGUCACAAUGGACAUACACUGUGUUCCACCUGUAAAAGUAGGGUUCAUAACAGGUGCCCUACAUGCAGACAGGAACUGGGCGACAUUAGAUGCUUAGCACUAGAAAAGGUAGCCGAAUCUCUUGAGCUUCCUUGCAAGUACUACAACUUGGGGUGUCCAGAAAUAUUUCCUUAUUACAGCAAACUGAAACAUGAGGCAGUUUGUAACUUCAGACCAUACAAUUGCCCGUACGCUGGAUCUGAGUGUUCAGUUACUGGUGACAUUCCUUAUCUGGUUGCUCAUUUGCGUGAUGACCACAAAGUGGACAUGCACACUGGCUGUACAUUUAAUCAUCGUUAUGUAAAAUCCAAUCCUCGUGAAGUGGAGAAUGCCACAUGGAUGCUAACGGUAAGUUUUUUUUUUUUUAUUUAUUUACUUAUCCUUUUGGAAAAUACUGUUUGUUCUAGAGGAUCUGCUGUCUGUUUGUCUUUUUUUAGAUUUAGUUCUAUUAGUUCAAGAGCUCCAUGUGGCCAUCAGGCUGUUUUAUCCCAUGUUCUUGUCAUAUUCCAUCAUUCUUUUAAUGGUUGUUUAAAAGUAAUGUUUAUGGCCAUGAGAAAUAAUCAAGUGAUAUGUAUCUGAAUAAUCAUAGAUAUGAUUUGGUUUAUGUCAACCAGAGUAAUCCCCUUGUGAAAACCAGUAACAGUGGCCUUUUCAUGGUUUGAAUUUUCAGGUCUUUCAUUGUUUUGGUCAGUAUUUCUGUCUCCAUUUUGAAGCCUUCCAGCUUGGCAUGGCCCCUGUGUACAUGGCUUUUCUGCGAUUCAUGGGUGAUGAGAAUGAAGCCCGCAAUUACAGCUACAGCCUAGAAGUUGGUGCUAAUGGCAGAAAGCUCAUAUGGGAAGGUACUCCAAGGAGCAUCCGGGAUGGCCACCGCAAGGUCAGAGAUAGCCAUGAUGGACUUAUAAUUCAAAGGAACAUGGCACUUUUCUUUUCUGGCGGGGACAGGAAGGAGCUCAAGCUUAGAGUCACAGGAAGGAUAUGGAAAGAGCAGCAAAACCCUGAUGCUGGAGUGUGCAUACCAAAUCUCUGUAGCUGAAGUUUUUCCUUCUUUUCUCCCUUCCUGGAGUGGAUUUCCUUUGCCUCUGUGUGUUUGUGUGAGAAGCACUCCAUUCAGGAGUCUGUAUUUAGGAAAACUUCUUCUAGGUUAAUGGUGUCUUCUUACCAGUUCACAACUUCAUAUACAUGUGAUUUGACUUUGUACCAACUGUUAACUGUUAAUAAGAGCCACUUUUGACCUUUUUCUCUCGCUUCUCAUACAACGAAACAGAUGCUGGGAACUGGUCCAAAACUGCAUUGUUUGUUCUUGUACUUUGUAUUUUAGCAAAGACAUUUUAGUCACAAGUAUAUUCUCAGCUCUGUUAGGGUUUCGGAAUCAAGAUGCACACAAAACUAAAGAAUUGUCAAUGUAAUUUUACCGGAACAAGACUCCAAU